GCUUGCAGCUGCCGUACAAUAUGGCAGCGCCCACCGGCGGGAAGAGGAAGCGUCCGCCACUCAUAAGCCUCCCGGUGUCCGCGGCGACUACUCUGUGGGGGGUUCCUGCUGCCGGGGACAACCGUUCCGUGGAGAGGCAGGUAGCGGGCAAGCAGGCCAUGAUAAGACCCUACAGUUCCGUUUUGAGGGGGGAAAAGGGAGAUUAAAAAAAUGCCCAAGCAAACAGCAGUGACAAUUACUUUGGCGACCCUGCUGGGUAUUGCACUGGGGGGUCUGGUUUUGUGGAAAGCUGCCCAGCGUCGUAAAGGAAAAGCAGGCUGUACUAGUCAGCGAGAGGAAGCAGUUGUAAACUUGGGAGAUGAGAAACUGGUAAACGCAGAGGAUAAGGAGGUGCUUUCCUUCUUCAGAUCUCCCACCUUUUCCUGGGUAGAGAGGACCCUUGGUGCAGACAUAGUGGUAGUUUCAGAGCAGGAGGAGUGGGAUCGUGUAGAACCUUUGCUGAAGAAGGAGCUGAAGAAGUGGCCAGUGCUGGGAAUUGACUGCGAGUGGGUAUCAGUGGAAGGAAAACCAAAUCCUGUAUCCCUCCUACAGAUGGCUUCUUCCAGUGGCUUCUGCAUUCUUGUUAGGUUGCCCAGGCUUGUUGCCAGUGGACAGACUAUGCCAAAGACCCUGUUGGACGUCAUGGCAGACAGCACUGUGUUGAAAGUUGGGGUAGGAUGCUGGGAAGAUGCUUGCAAAUUACUUCAUGAUUACGGUCUUCCAGUCAAAGGGAGCAUGGAUCUCCGGUAUUUAGCCAUGAGACAGCGGAAGGAUCUACUUGACAGCUGCCUUAGCCUUAAGUCUUUAGCUGAAAAAGUCCUGAACUGCUCACUUGACAAAUCUCCUCAUGUGCGGUGCAGCAACUGGGAGGCAGAAGAACUGGCACAAGAUCAGGUUCUCUACGCUGCUAGGGAUGCCCAGGUCUCAGUGGCUCUGUUCCUCCAUUUGUUGGGAUUUGCCAGCCUCCCUGACAGUGAAAACUCUGUUACUGCUUGGGAAAAAGCGCUGGGCAAAUGCCGGGGCCUGGUGGAUAUCCCCUUUAGAGGACGAAGGAGCGGCAGCACAGGAGAGGAGAAGAGUGGAGAGGGACGGUCCCCUCAGAAAACAAAGAGUCGGAAAUCUUGGCUGAAUGGCCAUCCCUCUGGCAGCCAGCAAGUGAGAGACCCACGGAGGCAGAAGCGGAAGCCUCUGGGCGUGGGAUAUUCUGCACGAAAGUCUCCGCUGUAUGACAACUGCUUCCUGCAUGCACCAGAUGGACAGCCCCUGUGCACUUGUGAUCACAAGAAGGCUCAGUGGUAUCUGGACAAGGGGAUUGGAGAGCUGGUUAGCACCGACCCGUUUGUUGUCAAGCUGCGGUUCGAGCCUUCAGGACGCCCUGAGUCUCAAGUUGAUUAUUAUCUGACAGUCAAAGAGAACUUGUGUGUGGUGUGUGGCAAGCGAGAGUCCUAUAUCCGGAAGAACAUUGUUCCUCAUGAAUACCGGAAGCACUUCCCUGUCCAGAUGAAGGACCAUAACUCCCACGAUGUGCUCCUACUCUGCACAUCCUGCCAUGCCAUCUCCAAUUACUAUGACAACCUGCUCAAGCAGCAGCUGGCCGAGGAGUUCAGUGCCCCCAUUGGCUCUGAGGAAGGCGUGCGUCUGCUGGAGGACCCUCUGCGCAGGCAAGUGCGCUCAGGUGCCCGAGCCUUGCUGAAUGCAGACAGCCUGCCUGAGCCCCGGAGGACAGAACUUCUGCAGUGCAUCAAGGAGUUCUUCAACACAGAAGCAGUCACCCCAGAGAUGCUCCAGGAAGCAGCUGGUCUGGAAACCAGGAUCUUCAAUGAGAGCUACAUGCCACACGGACUGAAGGUGGUGCAGUGUUUUGCCAAAGGAGGCCUGCGCUCCCUCAUGCAGUUGGAGAGACGCUGGCGGCAGCAUUUCUUGGACAGCAUGCAGCCCAAGCACCUCCCGGAGCAGUGGUCCGUGGAUCACAACCACAUGAAGCUGAUCCGAAAGUACGGGGAGGAUCUUCAGGUCAAGCUGUCAUGAAGCUAACUUCCUGGACUCUAGACAGUGUCUACUGGACAUAUGUAACUGAAGAUGGAAGGACUGUUUAUUUCUGUCUCUACUAACAUCUGGGCCUGGCUUUGCCAACAGGCAGCAGUACAACUGCCAGAUGUGGCAUUUACAGACUCCAGUCUGCUGGCUUGAAUUUUCAGGUGGUUUGGAGCUUUUAGUCCUGGUCUGUCACUAACUAGCUCAGUGUGAGGGUGAUAUGCUAGGGGAGCUCAUCUUCUUAAAGUGACUGUGGAGAGUUAUUUUCUAACCCUUAGGACGUCUGAUGUCUCCAGAGCAUCUCUCUUAACACAGCACAAUAAAUGAACAUUUCCAGGUGUCUGACAGGUAUGUCUGCACCCUUGGCUACACCUUGAGAGUCUCCUGAUAAAAGUUCUUCUUUGCUUUCAGUGCAGCUGUGCUCAUAGGAGUUCUCAGAGAAUACUCCCUACCAGGGAGAGAUUCCUUGUUUGGAAGUGGCAAAGAAACCUUGCUACUUCCUUUUUCCCUUUUUCUUUUUGACUCCAGAUAGAUCUCAGUCAGAGUCUCCUGCUAACAGAUGCCUGAUGAGCAGCAAAACUCUUUGACUCUGGCAGUAUGGAAGCACCCAUGACAAGUCUUUUCUUAAACAGCUUCCAGUAACACACAGUCUAUAAAAAAAUGUUCUUUUCCAAUUUCACUUGUUUAUGCUGAAUAGCUCUUGGCAGGUACCUGUUCAUGUCAGACUGACUUCCUGGUAUCACAGAAUUGUUUUGGUUGGAAAAUGAGGUCAGGUGUCUUAAAAGGGAUUAGAAUUAGAAUUAAGCAGGUUGGAAGAGACCUUGGAGAUCAUCAAUGAGAGGAAGCAAAUUUCUUUUGAAGACCAGCAUCUUUUAAGAGGUCAGACCACGUGUGGCAGAAAACUCAAAGCUUCACAGAUUUCACAGAUUGCAGCAGCUUGGAAGGGACCCUCAAAGGGCAUCCUGUCCAACCCCCCUGCAGUGAGCAGGGACACCUCCAACUAGAUCACGCUGCCCACAGCCAUAUCAAGUCUGAUCUUGAAUGUCUUCAGGGACAGGACCUCAACCUCAUCCCUGGGAAACUUGUUCCAGUAUUUUACCACUCUCAUUGUAAAGAACUUCCUCCUUAUGUUCAACUUAAAUAUUCCUGCUCCAGUUUAAAUCCAUUGCCCUUUAUCUUACCACUAUAAGCUUUUCUAAACAGUCCUUCCCCAGCCCUCCUGUAGGACCCCUCCAGAUAUUAAAAUGUAGCUAUAAGGUCUCCCCAGAGCCUUCUCCUCUCCAGGCUGAACAGCCCCAGUUCUCUCAGCCUGUCUCAUAGGAGUGGUGCUCCAGCCCUCUGAUCAUCUUUGUGGCCCUCCUCUGGAUGUGCUCCAGCAGGUCCAUGUCUCUCUUCUGUUUGGGGCCCCAGAGCUGCACACAGUAUCACAGUAUAACUAAAGUUGGAAGAGACCCCAAGGAUCAUCGAGUCCAACCUGUCUCCACAGACCUCAUGACUAGACCAUGGCACCAAGUGCCACGUCCAAUCUCCUCUUGAACACCUCCAGGGACGGUGACUCCACCACCGCCCU